AUGUCUAACAACGAUCAACGACCACUUAUUUCUAAAUCUACACUAAUUGAUUCGUUAAAUCUACAUACUACUUCCGCAUCGUCAUUUUUAACAUCAACAAUAAAUCAAGAAGCAACAUUAGCUGAUCUAUUAAAUAACAAUCGUAGAAAAGCCAUCAUACCUACACCCAACCGACCAACCAUUGUAUCACAAUCAAUUACUUGUAAAAAUCCUGAUGAUGAAUUAACAACAAAUACAAUUGUUGAUAAUGCUGAUAUUGAAUCUUCAAAAACUGUAACCAAAUUGCUUAAUAGUCUUAAACAAGACGACAUGAUGGGCUGUACUGAUAAUCCAUCUGAACCGGGAGAAAAUGAAGAAGACCAUCAAUUUGACUCAUUUGUCUUAGAACAUUUUGUUCCGUUUUCUGGUAAACAACCAGUUAAUCUAUGGUUAGAUGAAACUGAAAGUAAAUUCAAUCAAUUCAAAAUUUCUCGAAGUUUCCGUUUUGAAGCAAUCUCACUUCUCGUUGAAGGUGAUGCUAAACGCUUAUACAUAAAAAACCGAAAAGCGAUUCGUAGUUUUGAUGAUUUUUACGAAUUCUUGUUAGUACAUUUUGAUAACAAUAAUUCCAGUUCAUCUACAAUUAAAUCUCAAGCAAUAUAUAUUCCUGAUACUACAAAUCAACAAACAUCAUGUCAAAAUGAAUCAAUUACUGCUGCACAAGGAAAAUCAAUAGAUAUUCCAGACACUAUAAAUUCUACACGUCAUUCACCAUGUCAUUCUACUGCUGUUGCUGAUUGUCAUACCACCAGCAUCAUUAGUGAUACACUAGACAAUAAACCAGGCAACCUUACUACAAAUUCUUCGAUUAAUAUACUUGAUCAAACUACGAAUGAUCUUCGAAAAGCAAUUGUAGGUGAUUUGAUUAGGAAUCCCAAGGUAUUUAAAGGUGGUAAAGAUGAUGUAAACAAAUGGAUCGAAGAAAUUGAACAUCUUUUAGAUGUAGCACAUAUUCCUGAUUCGAGUCGAUUGGACAUAAUUUCUUAUUCACUCCGAGGAGAUGCUCUCCAAUGGUAUAAGGCUAACAAAGCAAUGUUUACUUCAUGGAUAAUAUUUGUAUAUGAACUUAAAAGAGCUUUUACUUCCUCGUUUCAUGAGGAAUUAGCAUUUAAAAAAUUAGAAACAUAUACUCAAGGUGACAGUCAAUCUAUUCGAAAUUUUUUCAAUAAAGUUUUACAGUUAUGCAAAGAAGCUGAUCCCAACAUGAGCGAAUCAACAAAAUUAAAGCAUCUUCUCAAUAAAGCCAAACCCACUAUACAGUUCGAAGUUCGAAAGAAAAAACCUACCACUAUCACCGAAUUUUUUGAAUAUGCUAAAGAUGUAGAAGAAUGGUAUCAGUUAUCAAACAUCAACAUUGAUAAUAAUAAUAAGAAUAAUAAUUCUCCAACUACUACACAACAACAAAUAUCUCCUUUAAUGACUGUACCUUCUUCAAGUACUACUUAUUCAAAUAAACCGUUUUCGAAUAAAUUUACAUCCGACUAUUCAAGAAAUUUUAACAACAAUAAUAACAAUACAUUUAGAAACCAAGAUAAUCGAAAUAGUCCCCAAUCAUCAGCGUUUACAACUUCAUCUUUUCGUUUACCUCAAGCUGCUCAAUUUCAACCAAGAACUACCACUCAACGAUUUCAACCAAAUAAGAACAAUUCUUUCUUUAACUCUAAUAAUGCUAAUCGAACUCGACCACAGCAAUAUCAACCAAAUUUGUCCAAUAUCGAUCGACGACGUCAACAAGCAGCAAAUGCAAUCUCUCCAUCAGAUUCAACUAUUAUUCCCGAUCUACACUCAGAAACUCUUCCAGUAAUUGUUUGCACUCAGUGUAACGAAUUUGGACAUGAGGCUUCGACUUGUCCAAAUUUCUAA